UUUGAAGUUGUACGCGAAGUGAAUUUGUACAUUUAUGUUAUGAUACGACUUCAAUUGUACUAUAAUAUAAAGGUACAACUUUAGUUUGUACCAUAAAGAGAUUCAUACAAAGAAAUUUAGGUACAACCUAAAAUUGUACCGUAACGUUAAAUGUACAACUUCAAAUUGUACCAUAAAUAUAAAAAAUAAUAAUACGCCAAUACUUUGAAAGCCAUGUAAAAUUCCUCAAGAAUAUUCGAAUUUAGAUUUAAAAAAAUGAUGUAGGAAUCAAAGACAAAUGAUUAUGUCCACUUUUUACUUUGGACAAAGACCCACAAAAUUAGCAGCUCUCUGUAUAAAAUCCAACUCAACACAUAUGCCUACCUUGGGAUUGAAGUAAAGCAAACAUAUGGCAACAGGACAGGAAUCUUUGCUAAAACUUUUGUAUGAACACAUAUAUAUAAACCAUGCCUCUACAUAGUUUCCAAUCCUUUCCUCCAAAUAUAUAUCACUACAUUCCCAUCUUAAUAAGAACCACCACCAUGUCUCUGUCUCUGGCAACUUCAUUCAGAACCCCUUCUCUAAUAGCAUCUCUGCUUUUGCUUCUCCUCCUGGCUUCUCAUUUCCCACAGAGAUCAGAGGGGAAGGAGGACGAUGAAUGGGAAAACUUCAAAGAAUGGUGCAUAGCAGAUGAGCAAACCCCAGCUGACGAGCUGCAGAGGGCAAUGGAGUGGGCGUGUGGGAAAGGAGGAGGAGAUUGCUCCAAGAUACAAAAGGGCCAGCCUUGUUACUUCCCUGACUCCAUCAAGGACCGUGCCUCUUUUGCUUUCAACAGCUACUACCAGAUGUUCAAGCGAAAGGGUGCUACCUGUUACUUCAAUUCUGCUGCCAUGGUUACUGAUCUUGAUCCAAGUCAAGGUUCAUGCAAGUUUGAGUAUCUGCCUUGACUGCUUCCUUAAGGCCAUAUUUUGCUAAUAGAGUUUUCAUCAAAUUUGUGGAGGUACUAAAUCGAAAUGGGUUCUCUGAAAUGUGCCUAAAUAUGUUUGAUUCCUUAUAGUUCCUUGUAGUCUUUCAUUAUAUGAUAAUGAUGAGCCUCAUCUAAAAAAGAGAGCUUGAUAUUAAGCAAUUCCUUGAUCCAUGAGAGUAUAAAAAUACCAUAAUAAC